AUGCAAAUGAUCACUCUAGUAGAAUUGCACACUGACGUACUGCAGCUGAUUUUGGCGCAGCUGGACGCAUCGAGUUUGGUUCACAUCGGGGCAAGCAACAAACUCUUCAAAGACCUGACUGAAGAUGAGGCUCUAUGGCGCGAAUUAUCGCUAACUGACUGGCCUUGGUUCUUCUGGAAUGGCAAAUGUGAACGCACGGCAUUCACAUAUCAGAUAUCUGCUGGUGUUGGAGAUGCAGAUGAGGCCGGCGAGGUCCUGACCAAAUGUCCAUGUCGGCAUAGCGUCAGACAACACCCUGGAAUACCUCUGCCUGCAUCCUAUCGCCAAGCAUAUAGACUUAUUGCUCAAGGUGGAUGUUGGAGUGGAUUCAUUCAUGUACUCAAUUCUCUCUCUGACCGUCCAAUGAGUGCUUUUAUAGGACUUGCUACUUACAACAAACCAUCAAAAUCCUUCCUGAUAACAUACAAACCAGAACCGCUUUUGAGAGCCCGAUCAGGUCAACGAGUUAUAGUACAGCAUCCCCCAACUCCUGACGUAGAGAUGGGAGCAAAUCCACUUGAACCUAUCGCCGAAGAAUCUAUACCAUUGACCCAACGACAUCGAUUUCGACGAGUACCUGAAGAGUUACUAGAUUUAGAUCCUCGUGAAUAUUAUGCUCGAGAUUUAUUUAGUACUCCACCACCUUUAUAUUGGUCGUCAGAUCGUGAAGAACAAGCAUGGAUGCCUGGAAAUCUGAAACCGGGAGAUGAGGUUGAAAUUCAAUGGAGAAUGAGACCAUCUUAUGGGUACGGGUGGUGGCGUGGGUUUGUCUCGGGAUGGCAUAGGCAAGGUCCUGAAGAUGCCAAUGCAGGGAUUGUAGUCAUGUUUCCGCACUACCCACCUAGGUCACAUUGGAGGUCUGUGAUUGUCGAUGUACAAGGUAUCCCUCGACCCAACUUUCAACCACAGAUCGGACGUGAAUUCGGAGCUGUUGGUGGUGUAAGGAAGGUGCAAUGUAUAAAGCAUACUGGAUUGUGGAGGGCAGUGUUUCGACGUGUAUCGUGGUAUGACGAACGUAACGUUGAACCAGCUGUGCAACAAGCGCCAGGAGCUCUUCAGAUCCUAGUUGGUGGUGAUGAAGCUGCAAUCCAACUCUUGUUGAAUAAUAAUAUAGUGGUCGAGCCAGUUGAUCAAGAUGUCGAUAUGCCAGAAGAAUAG